CCCCCUCCUCUCCUCUCGCUUGACUUGGUGUGUUUUUGUGGAAACAUCGUCCUCUUCACGCCACUAAAAGAUGUGGGCGAACAAACCACCUCUGACUAUGUGCAACACGCGUCGCCUCAAAGUGAGAGAUACGAGCAAAAAGAGUGUGUAAUAAGAAAAAAGAAGAUGUAUGUAUGGCGCUUCUCCAUCGCCGUAGCCCUCGGUUUGGUGUGGUAUUUUUAUGACUGCGGCCGCACGGUGACACAGUACAUUAUCUGUUUCCUCUUCUGUUUUUCUACCCCGCUGCUAUUCUCAAACUGUGGACAAGAGAGCGGCACUCAAACUGAUGAAGAGACGAAGGAGGACCAACUCCAGGAAACUGUGAAGAAAGAGUUGUUUGGUGAUUUGACUGAUGGAGGAAGGAGCCAGCAGGCUGAGCCUAUGGAGUCUCAGUAUCCACAUGUCAAGAGAUCUCUACAGCAAGUGUUUGAGUGCGCCUAUGCUCAGCUGGUCCUGCCUUGGUACGCCGUUCCCGAGCCGCGUGAGCAACAGCCUCUGCACAAAGUGCUCAGCAGGGAAGUCGACUUCGUAAUCGACCAGAUCAUUGAGAGAGCCAAAGACUUUGAUGUUUGCCAGGCAGUCGUGGGCUCCAUCCGGAUUUUAACCCAGCAUUUGCACAGUGCAAAGCAAUCUGAGAGAGAGCUCUUGUUCACGUCCAGAGCAGAGGAGAUCACAAUUCUCCGAGAGUUUGCUGACGCUCUGGUACGUAACCUUUUUCCCAAAUCUCUCUUGGGCCAAGAAGUCAACCGCUGUGCCUUAAAUGAGAUCGUUGCCUUAAAGGGUUUGGGCCUGUUGGUGACAUGGCUGUCUGACCCUGACAACCUGAAUCAGCUGGUGGUAAACCAGCUGGACAGUGUGAUCCCCAAAGGCUCUGUGGAGGAGCUGUCUGGGUCAGACCUGGAUCAAACCUCUCUGGCGUCGCAGGAGGGUGAAGGCGAGGGCAGUGAAGUAAGCUUGGAGGGAGCAGUGAUAUCACCUAGCACCAGGAUCAAGGCCAAACGGAAAGCUAAUAAGUUAAAAGAAGGAUGGUCAAAAUUUGUGGACAAGAUGAAGUCCAAGAAGGCCAGGAAGAAGAAGAUGAAAAAGAUGGAGCAGGAGCUAAUGUUCCGAAUCAUGGCGAACCAGGGAGACCUCUCCAAUGAAGACGACAUCAGCAGCAGGGAAGGCUCCAUUCACAGCCAUCAGGAGUCUGACAGGGAGGACAGUGAUCUGGAGGACUACCUGACAAGCGUCCAAGAGGACAUGAUGGGAUUCAAGCUGUCAUAUGAGAUGUGGCGUGUCGGCUGCUGGACUGUCAGCAUCCCUCAUACCGACUGGGAGGAUGAGGAGUUGAGCUUCACUGUUCACCUGGAGGAGAAGGACAGCCCUGAGAACUUACAGUGGGACAUCAGGAAGACCUACAUGGAGGUUAUCUAUUUCCGCAAUAGAUGGCAGGACUCAACCAGCCUACCCACAAUCCUGGUGCUAGAGGACUCAGACGUCAAUGAUGAGGUCAAAGAAGAAGUCAGAUUAUCAGUGGAACACUUCCUCCAGGAAUUAGUUUCUGAUAAUCUGAUCGGCCGCACUCAACCGGUUUUCCAGUUCCUCUGCCCUCUUGACAAACUGCUGAAUGAGGAGGAACAUUAUCAAGGCGUGUGGGGCAUUCUGAGCAGCUUGGCUUAUUUCCUGACUCCCGGUCACGAGGAAGAAGAGAGCUCCAGCCCUCAGACAGAAGCCCCAAAAGAAAUCAUAGCACCAUCUUCACAUUCAGAAUCCACAGCUCUGCCUUUAGAAAACCGCGGGGCCUCUGCUGGGAAGGGCAUUGAUGUUCCCCAUACGACACUUCCAACUAUUGUUAUCUCCCAAUGCGAACCUCCUCCAGAACCGCCUGAGGAAGCCGAAGCCGAAAAGGAGCAACAAUCUGCAAACGAAAACUCCUUCCAGGACAAAACUGAGGACUUUGAUAAUCCCUUAACCUCUCACUUUAAAAUGAUUUUCAAAGGACUGACCCGUUCCAGAUCACAAGAGUCUCUGGCCUCAGCAAAAAUGAACAGUGAAGAAGGCCCACCUCAUUCAGACUCCACGCCUCACUGCAGCCAGAAUGGAGACUUGCAGGAGGAGAGCGCAGAAGGCCCGUCGUGGCGUCAUUUCAAUUCAAGGUCACAUAAAAAGGAGAAAAUAACUUUCAGGCUGUCUGGUAGCGCAAACAAGACUAAAGGGAAGGACCAGGGCACUUCGCCAAGAGGGGAGGACUGUCCGAAGAGCCAAGGCAAAUGGGAACAGAUGGAGGCGACUAAAGCCAUAUUUGAUCUGCUGAAGGAAAUAUCAGGAAAUUCCAUCCUCAUAAACAUAUUUGAUGCCAUUUUGAAACCCGUCAUGCCCAUAUUAAAAAAAAAGGUGAACUCCUUCCUAAACAAGAUGAACCCAACAGAGGUGCAGAUGGCCUCAUACAUCGACACUAUGCGUGACAAACAGUGGCCAGAUUCUCAACCAGCAACACCUCCUCCUCCUCGCACCGAUGAGGAGAAACACGAGACCAGGGAAAGAGCGCACAACCUAAUCAAUGCCAGAUAUUCUCACUAUCUUGUCCUGAAGAAGACAGACAUGGAGUCUGUUUUUAAUCUUUUCCAGGACAGUGAAGAAAACAAAACACUGGUCUAUAGGCUCCUGUCAUUCCUAUUGAAGGAAUUCUUACCCAAUGAGCAUUCCCUAACUGUGAGCACAGCUGCGCUACAGAGAGUGACCAACUCCACCAACUGAUCUGUGAACCCAUGUUUGUUUUGAAUGGUACUUUUACAUUUUAGAAUAUCAAAUUAUUUAUUAAAUCUUAAAAUGCCUUAAAAUAUUUGACAAUUACUAUAUCCAUAUUGUUUCUACCUUGAACAUAUCAAACAUACUGUGAACAUUUUGUGAAUUUCCUUUUGGUUUUUAUUUUGUAAAGUUGAACGGAUUUUAAGCAUGACUUGAUUGUGUGUUUGAAAUCGUAAACUUUCUUUGCGGGAGCCAGUUUUGCAUAUUGUACUUUUAUUGUUAAACUCAGAGGACAAAGUUCUGUAAAAUAUAGUUCAUGUUUGCAGUUUGAAAUUCACCCUUCACCUUUUUAAUGUGAAAGAAUUUACAUUUUCUAAAACAUUUUGUGUCACUUUGAGCACGUUUGGUGAGAGUGUCGGUAUACUGGUUAAUCUGGCCUUAGGUUUUAUAUAAUGGAAUAUAUCUCAAUGGACAAAUCUAUGGACAGUACCACUAUCAAAGGAAACUUGAAAUGGUGUUCAUGUAAAUAAUUUGAAUUAAUUCCAAAUAAAAAUAUUUUAAUAUGAA